AUGAGCCGGCCUGUAGUACUCAUCGUCCCUGGCGCCGCGGCCCUUGCAGAGCUUUACAAAACUUUCAUCAAGGCUGUAUCGGAAAAGGGUUACGAGAUUGAAGCCUUGACCUUGCCCAGUGUCCGCAAUGCCGCAGAGGCGAAUGUGACCCCUCCGACCAUGUACGAGGAUGCCGCGGCUAUCCAGUCGCGCGUCGCCAAGCUGGCUGAUGCUGGAAAAGACGUGAUUCUUUUGCCACAUUCGUACGGAGGGACCCCGUCGACGCAGAGUGUAGAAGGGCUUAGCAAAAAGGAGAGAGAGGCUAAAGGGCUACCGGGUGGGAUCAUAGGUCUUGCUUACAUGACCUGCUUGAUACCUGAACUAGGCCAGCCGGCCAUGAGUGUUCAAGCGUCCAUGGCACCAGAGGACAAGGUUCCCAUGGAGAUUAAUGAACACGGCUGGAUUUAUUUUCCAAGCAUUCCGAGACUGGCCGAGCUCUCUUUUACGGACAUGCCCAAGGAGCAAGGCGAGUACUGGGCUGCCAAGCUGGCAAACCACUCUUCGGCUUCCUUUGCUAGCCCCUUGACUUACCAGGGGUUCAAGGACGUUCCCGUGUCGUAUCUGGUGUGCGAGCAUGAUCUUACUAUCCCCCCAGUACUGCAACAAGCGGGCAUCGAUAUGAUUGAGAGGAUCACGGGCGAAAAGGUUGAAGUGACACGCAUCGAUUCAGACCACUGUGCGCCUGCCAGCGAUAUGCAAAAGGUGGUUGAUUGGAUCGUCAAUGUAGUGAAUCGCUUCGAAACGGCAUGA